UGUGGCCGCUUUUGGAUAGUUGUUGCAGCAGCCGCUCGCAGAGAACGUUCCAGCUCAAAAAAGCUGCGGCAAAGCAGACUCUAUCAGCUCGUCUCAUUGCCAGAAAUCAUGUGCAACAGAAUAAUGUGUAAAGGAAAAGGGAAGAGCGCUACUGUUUACUUGGCCGCAGCUGUUAUUCUGACGUGUUAUUUGGCGCAAACGGUAGACUGUAAUCGAUCGAAGAAACCAGAGUGGCGGAAAGAAGCCGAUGCAGCCAGAAGGAUAGGUUUCAAAGAGGGGAAAAUUGUGUUCGGGAGAGUUUUUGAGGAAGGGUCAGGACUUGGGUCACAAGUCAUAGACCGGACCAAUAACUCGUCCUCAAACGCUUCUGUAGAGGAGGACGCUGCAUAUCAAGCCGAUUUUGCAGGCUGGGUGGAAGAAGGAACACAAAAUGUUGGUUCCAGAGAAGCAGCGUGGAAGCGCAUGUCGCCCUCCUUGCAGUGUGGUUGGGACCAGUUAAAGUUCAGAGCAGUGGGACCAGGAGCUUCACAGUUUGCUGUGGAACAAUCAAAUGCACCUCCAAUACAUCUGUCCCAAGUCCCUUCCACCUGUGGCUACAGCAUGCGGAGGAACUCCCUUUGGCUUGUCAUGUUGGUUCCCUAUGAUGGCUGCAACAUGGUUCAAGAGGUUGGAAGUUAUGUGCUCCCUAUGCGUUGGCAGGGAAAUCCAUUCUCACUCUGGUGUCCCAAACCUCCAGUUCCUCAUCAUUUCUACCCACCACAAGGUCUACCACAUUUCUUUCCUCCAUAUCCUUUCAAUCCCCAAUAUCCAACUCCUGAGCCAGAGAUGACACCACCAACGGCUCUCCCUGAACACCCCCAAUAUCCUUUCAAUCCCCGAUAUCCAACUCCUGAGCCAGAAACUAAGAAAACAGAUCAACAUCAACAUCAAGUUCACCUUAAAUUUCCUCAUCUUCCUCCUUUCUAUCACCCUUACUCAGGCUACCCUGUUAAAAAACAUUCUAAUAAAUGGUUUAAAUAAAUGACCGUCAGUUCUUUAUGCUUGUUAACCCUCAACUACCCCAGAAAUUAUGUGGCGCUGCAUGUCUACAUGAGGAACAGAUAUUAAAAGGCUUUACUCUUGA